GAGGAGUUUGUUUGCGAACCACCAAUGAUCACUCGUCACACCUCCAAGAUGUUUGUGAUGGAGGGUCAGGAGGUCAGCCUACGCUGUAAGUCCAUCGGCGAUCCUGAGCCUUCAACACACUGGGUCACUCCUGAUGGAAAGCUUAUAGGCAACACGUCCAGAACCAUCUGCUAUGAGAAUGGCUCGCUGGACAUCCUCAAAGCCUCAGUGAAGGAUUCUGGAAAGUUCACAUGCAUAGCAUCCAAUGCAGCAGGGGAAGCCACUGCUCCUGUUGAGUUAGUGGUCAACCCCUCACCACACUUUGACCCUAAAUUGGACCCUGACCCGGGGCCUUCAGACAUCCCCACAUCUAUCAAGUCCAACGCAAGCGGGGGUCAGGCGCGUUCCGACCUGCAGAGGGUCAGUGUGUCUGAUCUUACGUCCAGUUCUGCCACCAUCAGAUGGCCACCGCAGAACCACAUACCCGGAGUCCGCAUGUACCAGAUCCAGUACAAUAGCUCUACAGACGAUAUCCUGAUAUAUAGGAUGAUCCCGGCCAACCACAAGUACUUCCUGCUGAGUGACCUGGCGUCAUCGCGAGACUAUGAGCUAUGUGUUUUGGCCGUCUACGAUGAUGGCAUCACCGCCCUGACAGGAACAAAGCUGGUGGGCUGCGUGUCCUUCACUACGGAGACUGAGUAUGGACGCUGUCACUCAAUAAGAGACCAGUUCCUUGGCGGUACCAUGAUUAUAAUCAUUGGAGGCAUCAUCGUGGCCUCUGUCCUUGUCUUCAUCUUCAUCCUCCUAAUGAAGUACAAGCUGCACAGUAACCACUACAAACAGAAAGCAACAGCACGACAUGCCAACGUCUGCUCCCAGACCAACGGUGGGGGAGCUAACACACUCACUGUUCCUCCAUUCUUCUCCUCUGCAGGGCAGGGUGGAGGUGAUGGUAAAAACUCCCAACCUUCAUCAUCAACUGAAGGGAUGGGAGGAGUAUCCAUUCGAGGGACGACUGUAGUGGACUUAAAUCCCACCCAUGACGAAGACGCCAUCUCUCAAUAACAUAUAAGAAAUUGUUAAUCAAACCUUCAACUCACCAAUCAUCAAGCCCAAACCAAUACUCCAACUCCAUCUCCCUCCCUUUUUUAAACUAUUUGUUAUUGGUGCCUGAAAUCUAUUCUACUUCACGCUGAGGAGCAGCUCCUGUCUUUGGUACCCCAGUGGACUGCAUGGUCACAUCCUUCUAAUAAGCCCCGAUAAUCAGGUAUUCGAGCCAGAGGCACACAUCCAACUUCUAAUGUCACCUUGUACCAGAAACCGAUUGGAUGUGAUGGGAAAAGCCAGAGGGUAAACUGCCUUCGUCUUGAAAUGCAAAAGUGUCUACACACUGCUGGACCUUUACGGACACACGUCAGGCUUUUGGCUAUAAAGCCUGCAUAAUGAUAGAUGCUAUGCAGUUUGAAACCUUAAAUCAGAGUGAACACGCUCUGGCCCUUCAUCUCUUAUGAAGAAGGAAUUCAAUGACCUAAAGGAUGUUACAUUCAGCCCCUGCAUUUUUCAGGUAGACUCUAUAUGGACACUAAAUGCACCUAUGAAAAUGCACUGAAAGGAUUACUGGAUUACGGAAAACCCCUUUUAUGACAUUUUUCCGGGAUCUUCAAAAAAGGUUGUGGCAACUCUCCUCUCUUUCCAAAGCAUAAAGUCAUAUGUUAAAGGAAUGCUAGAGUAUAAUGAAAGCAUUAUUAAGAUUUUCGGACAAUAUGCAGAUGUGCAAAAAACACACUUCUCUCAUCUCUUAGCAGAGAUUAUUCAUGAUGCUCCUUGGAUUGAAUACACAGGCACAGGUCUUGUAUAAUUCUCAAUAAUAACAAAUUGUCAUGAUAAAUGGUGAA